UGCACAUAGCCAUUACGCUAAUACGUACGUAGGAAAACAGGACCCUGACAUUUCCGUCUAUUUACUUACAGUUGAUGAAUGCGCCGGGUGCCAUUUGUGUGCAAUCAGCGGGAGUUAGUUAUGCCUUCACGCGCCUCGGCGGCUAUUUGGACAUGUGGAAGUCUGAAAGCGUGAGGAUUUGGCACCAGUCUGUCCGCUGUUUGCAUGCACAGUCACUCGCGGGGGAAGCGUAAUCAAGAAAAAUCCACCUGACGAAAGAAAAAGACCGCCCCUGCACUUAAAGGGAUUGACUCGGGCGUUUUACUUCAGCCACAACACAGACAACCGUAGACGCUGCUGGAAGAAGAAUCUACGAGAAGGGGAGAACCUUCCAGAAUCUAAAGAUUUAAGAGGACUUGUAGGGCCUAGGAGAGUAUUUUUCGUUGACUAGAGGAGCAGAAUAAAAGUCCUACACCGAUGGAAAACGUCACCGUACCCGAGACGUACCCCAUGCCUGUGACGGUAGUGGUGAGUAUGGUUGUUGUAGUCAUCAUAGCCUUUAUUGUAGCGGGAAACGUGCUGGUCUUCGUGGCGUGUUUCACAUCCGCGAGUCUGAAAACCAUCCAGAACCGUUUCCUCCUGUCUCUGGCCGCCAGCGACCUUCUCGUGGCGGGCACCAUCAUGCCGUUCACGCUGGUGAAGGAACUGUUAGGGUACUGGAGUUUCGGACAGAUUUGGUGCGAAGGCUGGCUAGCUCUGGACGUUCUGGCGUGUACUGCCUCCAUCUGUAACCUGUGUAUGAUCAGCUUUGAUCGGUACUGGUCGGUGGUGGACAUCCAGUACGCCCGGACCAGGAGCGCGAAGCGUGUAGGGGGGAUGAUCGCCGCCGUGUGGGUCAUCGCGUCGGCGGUAAGCGUCCCCCCGCUCAUCGGGUGGCGCGACCCGAAAGAACACCUGGGCCCAUACCCCGUCUGCAACCUGCGCAAGCUGCCCGAGUACGUCCUGUUCUCCGUCUCCGCGUCCUUCUACAUCCCGCUGGUCGUCCUCAUCGUCGUCUACUCCCGCAUCCUGUACCUGACCAGAAAACAGUUCCGCAAGUCUCUGUUUCUCACCUCCUCGCCGAGAGCGACGUGCGCCUCGAAGACAACCCCGUCCCAGAUCACCAGGACUCUGGACGACCCUCUCAGUCCCUCGCCGAUCGUGAGUCACAGAAUCGCGGCAAGGGUUCUAAACGACACGGGAAAAAACAACCGGACGUUCCCCAACAUCAAAGUACAGCUUCCCUCCUCCGUGGCGAAAAACAACGUCUCCGUCGAGGUGGCCACGCAGGACACACGCGAUCGCAACGGCGAGCACAAAAGCGUGGUACAGACCAGUCGGGCGACGCUGAGCCCGCCGCCGCAGUUUGAAGUCAAAACAGAGACCAGCGGACCGUGUGUGUUCACCGGCGACUUGGCCAAGACCAUCACCCCCCUCCCCACGCCGGACACCAGCCCGCGCAGCGCCGGUAGCAACAGGAGCAUCUGCCAGGCCAUCCAGCAGAAAACCUGCAACAGGAAGGAGCGACGGGUGACGAGAAUCAUCGGCAUGGUCAUGACGGCGUUUGUGGUGUGCUGGUUCCCGUUUUUCGUCUGCUACCCCGUCAUGGUGCUGUGUAAAGACUGCCACUUCCCCGAGUGGGCAUUUGAUAUCGUGUUCUGGUUAGGGUACUGUAACAGUGGACUGAAUCCUGUCAUUUAUACCGUCUUUAAUGAAGAUUUCCGCAAAGCGUUUAAGAAGAUACUGUGUAGGUGGAGGACAACAAGACGCUAG